AUGUUUCAUACCUAUGCUAUCGUGAUUCUGUGCAUAAUUUGUGUUGAGUCCUUACUAAUUUUCAUUUGCAACACUUUCACCAUAUUCGUGUUUUGGAAAAACCGUAACAAACUAAAGAGAACCACAUUUCUUCUCAUAAACUUAGCUGUGGCAGAUCUUCUUGUCGAACUCAUCCAGUUGAUAUCAACAGGAGCGUAUAACACUAUACUUCAAAUCCAAACAAACAGCACCCGAGCUGGCAUUGAAUCAGAAGAAUGGAUUUGGGCUGUGCCUCAAGUAUUGUCACCGCAUGCAUCAAUAUUUUUCCUUGUGCUCAUCUCACUGAAACGCGCAUAUGCUCUGAUUUGGCCGCUACGACAUCGAGUAGCAAGUAUCAAAGGCUAUAUUUACAGCGCUAUCUUUGUGUGGGCUUCUGCCAUCGCUCUUCAGACAUUGUCUUUGCUUGUCACGUACCGUAAAAUUCUGAAUUUUGAUCAUUGGAUGAUCGCAAUAUCUUGUAUAGCGGCUUUAUUCCUGAUUACAAUUUGUGCGUGCUAUUUGACAAUACGAGCUAAACUCAGUUCCAUUGGAUUGGCUGCAGUUGCGGGCAAGGGAAAUUCACUAGAACAGAACAUGAAACUCUCCAGGGCGUUUUUCACUGUUACAGCUGCCUCUCUUGUCUGUUGGGCUCCAAGUAGUGUCGGUUACUUUAUUUUUCAUCUGAGUUCCAAGAGAUGUCCAAUGGCAGUUGUUCACAGUAUUUACAUUUUUUAUUUGGGCAAUUCUUUGGUGCAUCCAAAUAUUUAUAGUUUAAAAUUUCCCAUGUUUCGAAAUACUUUACAAAAAAUGAGACCAAAAAAGGGUCAGUAUAGGGUCAGUUGAACAAUACAGGCCUAUUAGCUCCUGUUCUCAAAGGCAAAAUCGCGGAAACAAGGCAAUUUAUUGGUCUAGAAAAUGCCAAAAACAAUUCUGGCUGAUUCCCAUUGGACCUUUUUGCCUCGUUGAUUUCUAGUAUUCUAAAGAAAUAGUUCCCGCACAGAAGCUGUGAAUCAGAAAAGGAACUGUAGACAAAGAAUCAGAUUCAAAAAGCCUUUCUCACCCGUUGAGGGUGGCAGAAAGAUGACUUAACUCUAGGUGCUAAAAUCUAUGGACCUACUUUUGAGAGGAAGAUGAUAAUGUGUUAGUAAGUGUACACAUUUUUCACUGCGCAUCAAUUAUUUUCCUUCAUGUGCGUGUACCUAUGAGUAAUUCAUGUAUUGUAAAACCAGCUGUCUUUGAAGUUAUUAAAAUGAAUGCUCAUUAUUUUGAGUUGCUAAUAAAGGCACGUUUGACUCCUUAGAUGUAUUUGAGGGAAAACUUAUACAAGAUUUCCUUUACUUUCAUAGCUCUAAGAGAAUCAUAACUGCUUACUAAUCUUUCAAAAAGGUGAAUUUGAUUGGCUUGCUGUGCCAAUUGUGAUGUAUGUUUUUGUAAUUAUUUCCUUCUAGAAGGUGAAGUUAUUAACAUUGCAAUGUUAUAAGUUUUUCUUUAACCCCUUGUGUUUACUUUGCCUUGAAUGUAUUGCACCGAAUCUUUACUUUAAUUAAAAAUCUUGGCUACCUCGUUUACAUAAGAAACUUAAGUUUUUAAUCAUUUUUUUCAUAGAGUGAGAUCCGUUUCCUGAAAGGCUCCAUCAACAUUUCUUCGAUAAACAAUCAUGGGCUAGAACCCGGAGUUCGCACAAUUAUAUUUACUUUGUUUCUCCUUUUGUUUUUUUACCUUAUCACGUAGAGAGUACACUCCUUACUUAGCCUGCCACACAUGCGAUGAGUUGUUGUCAAAUGUUGGCAAAUUCCGCGAUUACUUUUUAGUUCAAUAAUACCUGAUACAAGUGUAGUUGUAAUUCACGGCAUUAUUUUCAUUGAAUCCCUCGUUGUUUUCUUGGGCAAUACUUUCACCGUAGUUGUGUUUUGGAAAAACCGAAACAAAUUGAAGUGGACCUUAUUUCUUCUCAUAAACUUAGCUGUGGCAGAUCUUCUCGUUGGACUCAGUCAAAUGAUAACAACUGGAGGGAUUUACAUUCCACAUCAUAUCCAGACCAACAGUACUCUUAGUAAUGAUGAAUUGAAACAAUGGAUUUUAGUUGUGCCCCAACUCUGUUAGCCUUAUGCAUCUAUGUUUUCUUCCUUGUGCUCAUUUCGAUAAAACGUGUAUAUACUCUGAUUUGGAGAAGCAAGCUUCAGAGGCUAUAUUUACAGCGCCAUCUUUGUGUGGGCUGCAGCAACAACUCUUAGGGCAUUAACUUCCCUAGUUGUGAAAUUUAAAAUCCUAAAUAUCGACAGUUGGAUGGUUGCAUUAUCUUGCGUAGUUGUUUUCUCUCUAAUAGUAACUUGCAACUUUUGUAACACGCGUGGAAUUAAUCGUUAAUUUUAUUCGGCCCAUGCGAUUACCACCACCAAAAGCUAAAAUUACCAGCAGUGUUAUUUUUAUAGGUAAUAGCAUGAUUUCGAGUGCAGUUUGGUGUUAAUAGACAAGAGUGAAUUUUCAAAGAUAAAAAAAUUGCACAAGCCUAUAUGGAAAGUGCAAUUUGUAGACCCUGAAAACUUUGUAAGUGCUUAUUACGCCAAAUUGCAAGAGAAUUCAUGUUAUUUCUUGUUAAUAAUUUAAUGAAAAAUAAUCUCAGAAAGUCAAGACCAACGAAAUUUUGAAAACGUGCGCGUACUCUUUGUACCUUGCACUCAUGUUACAUAAGAAUGCACUCGUUCUCAGCCAAUCAGAGGCGCGUAAUUUUUCCUUACGUUACUUACAUAAAAAAUGAAAAAAGCACCCAGUCUAUUCUUAACUAAAAGAUGUUGGGUGCCUUGUUAAUAUAAAAAAAUUAAUGAUAUCUUUAAUUAUCUUCUUCAUAGAGUGUAAUCCAUUUGCCGAAGUUCUUAAUCAAACCUUUAUUGACAAAUACAUUAAGUAAUGGGUAUAUUCCUUCUUAUGUGAAAGCCUGCCACACAAAUGGUGAGUUGUGGUUGAAAGCUUGCAAAUUCUACGAUUACUUUUUUGUUCAAGUAUGACCGAUAAAGUGUUGUCAUGAUUUACUGCAUAAUUCUGUUUGAAUCCCUCAUUAUUUUCUUGGGAAAUACUUUUACCGUUUUUGUGUUUUGGAAAAACCGAAACAAAUUGAAGAGGACCUCAUUUCUACUCAUUAACCUGGCUGUGACAGAUCUUUUUGUUGGACUCAGUCAAAUGAUAUCAACUGGAGGGAUUUACAUUCCGGGUUAUACCCAGACUAACAGUACUCAUGGUGCCGGUGUAUUGAAGCAAUGGAUUUUAGCUGUGCCUUCCUUAUGUUCGCCAUAUGCAUCACUUUUCUUUCUCGUAUUCAUCUCACUGGAGCGUGCAUAUGCUCUGAUUUGGCCGCUACGACAUCGAGUAGCAAGUUUCAGAGGCUAUAUUUACAGCGCCAUCUUUGUGUGGGCUGCUGCAACAACUCUUGGGGCACUGACUUUGCUAAUUGUGAAAUUCAAGUUCUUAAAUUUAGAUCAUUGGAUGGUCGCAUUGGCGUGCAUCGCGGCUUUAUCCUUGACUACAGUUUGCGCCUGCUACGUAAAAAUACGAGCUCGACUCAGUUCCAAUGCACGAGCAACAGUUGCUAACAAAGACAAUACGCUGUAA